GCGCUGUCACGAGAACAGCGGCUGGGAGUGUGGCGAAAGUGCGGCUGCGGAAGCGCAGCGAGACCCGGGAGGAGGAAGCGAGCGUCGCUGCCCGGUUGGGGGGUUCCUGGUACCAUGGGCCGCCUGCACUGCACGCAGGACCCGGUGCCCGAGACCGUGCGCGGCGACAUGCAGCAGCUGAACCAGCUGGGCGCGCAGCAGUUCUCGGACCUGACAGAAGUGCUUUUCCAUUUCCUAACUGAGCCCAAAGAGGUGGAGCGAUUUCUGGCUCAGCUAUCUGAAUUUGCCACCAGCAAUCAGAUCAGUCUUGGCCCCCUCAAAAGCAUCAUGAAAAGUUUCCUUCUGGUUCCAAAUGGUGCACUGAAGAAGGGCCUCACUGCCGAGCAGGUGCGGACUGAUCUCCUGACGCUAGGUCUUAGCGAGGAGAAAGCCACUUACUUUUCUGAAAAGUGGAAGCAGAACGCCUCGACCCUUGCACAGUGGGCCAUGGGUCAGACCCUGAUGGUUAAUCAGCUGAUUGAUAUGGAGUGGAGGUUUGGAGUGACAUCUGGGAGCAGUGAAUUAGAGAAAGUGGGAAGCAUAUUUUUACAGUUAAAGUUGGUGGUUAAGAAAGGAAAACAAACUGAAAAUUUGUAUAUAGAAUUAACCUUGCCUCAGUUCUACAGCUUCCUGCAUGAGAUGGAGAGAGUCCGAGCGAGCAUGGAGUGCCUCAGCUGACCCUGUUCCCGUUCCCUUGCUCCUGCCUCUUCCCUAGUGGCUGCCUACUCCAGGCUCCCAACUGCCUUGAGAGGUCUCGGAUAAAGAGCUUCUAAAACCAAGAGUCUCAGUGCUUGAGGAGUGCUGCCUGAUUCUUCUGCAAGCCCCACUGGGAGCCACCCCCUCCAGCGCCUGGGUGACUUUACACCUAGAUGCUCUGAGAGCUACUGCACCUGGGACUGUUUCCAUUCUCUGGGAGGCAGGUAUUGUCACCUCCCAUCCAACAGUUAACAAACGGCUCAGUUCCUUCAUUCAGAUGGUUGAGUACUUGCUUGUGGCUGAGGAAGAGGCAGGCGGUGUGGACAGUGUGUCAGGAGUGGUCUCAUCUGUGUCACACUGUUUGGAGGGGGAAGGGCAUUGCCAGCCAGUGUUUGCCGAGUCAUCUGUGUAAAAGCCUGUGCUUAGUCUUCUCUGGAAAGAACUGAGGCCAGACUAUUUCUGUUUUUGUCUCUUUGCCUUUUGUGUUAUAAGGAGGUAGGCCUUUUGAGGCCAUCUUACAUUGUUUAGUUCCAGAAAAACAACCACCUUUUGGUUAAGUCGUAAAUUAAAAAGAAAAACAGUUUCUAAAGAAAA